UUGUCUAUUGUCAAUUUACUAAAGUGUCGUGAUUUUGGACAAGUUGUGGCGGCUAAAAAAUUUAAGUUUCUAGAAAAUAUAAUUUAUUUUGUACAUUCAUAUCUUUUGAAUUGAGCUUGUUACAAAUAGCAGCCAACAAUGAUCAUUCCAGUCCGCUGUUUUACAUGUGGAAAAGUGAUUGGAAAUAAAUGGGAGGCGUAUUUAGGUCUUCUACAAGCAGAAUAUACGGAGGGUGAUGCUUUAGAUGCUCUCGGACUUAAACGAUAUUGUUGUCGGAGAAUGCUCUUAGGACAUGUCGAUCUCAUCGAGAAACUUCUCAAUUAUGCUCCUCUGGAGAAAUAAUUCGCAAAUGUGGUUGUCACUAUUGAAGUAAUAGUUCGAUGUUUUAUAUUUAAGACAAGUGAACCCAAUUAGUAAGAUAUUAAUUAACCAGUCUUCGCACUCUAAGUUAACGGAUUAGAAUUAUUAAAGUUAUAC